AUGAUAUACAGCUUACCAAUACGGGACAAAGCUAUUUCUGGUUUUAGAACUGCAGGAAUAUAUCCAUUAAACCCGGAUAAAUUUACCGGAGAAGAUUUUGCUCAUGCAAAUCAAAUAAGACCCCUGAAGUUUCUACACCCGAUACAAAGAGCGAUAUUGAGAGACCAUCAACACCCAUUCCUGGGCCUUCUACAUCACGAGAAUCUCCAAACAACUAGAAAAAGCCGUGGAAAAAAGAAGAAUGACAGCAGCCAAGAAAGUUAGAAGAAACUUAAC